AUGCCACCAGCUCUACCAAAAAUUCCACCACCCCCUCUGCCGCCGAUGAUGUCAAAGCAAAAGAAUGAGGAGGUGAGCUAUUACAAGGAUGAUAUGGACGAGUGGACAACCUUCAUGAUAACGACAUUGAUUCCUCCUCUGUUGUCUCCCCAACCCGUCACGGCCGAUAUGCUGUCUCAACCAGGCGACGCCGGUCCAAAGAAGACCACUACGCUUCAAACCGGCGACACAUCGUUUGAGAAUCUGGAAAAGGAUACAUCUUGUGGCAGUUUCCCCGUACUCCAAUGGGCUGCACUGACAUUCACUCAGAAAGUUCUCCCAAUCGACGACAGAAUCGUGCCCAUUGCCGAAGAAGAAGUGCAACCGAUGCUGGACGAAACGAGACUUGCCAAGUGUUUACCAGAGCCCACUGUCCCAUUUCCAGAUCCUACCACAGACAAAGGCCUCACCCGCCAGGCAUGA